CUUGUAUGACGGGCGAUCGCUUAUGAAGGCGACGAUCGAGAGCACAUGUCAUAGCCUACAAGCUGCAUUCAAAGACGCAUAUCCUAUCAGGCUAGAGCCUCUUCCAGGAAGAAGAGAUGCGCUCGCUAUCUCCCGUCGCUCAUUCUCUAUCAGCCAACCUGACCCGCCACCGCUGCCUCCACACUCGUGGGGCGCAUGCCCUCCUAAGCCCGUCUAGUAUCUCCAUGUCGAGCUCAUCACCACGCCGCUUGCAGGCCCCAGCUUCAUCCUCUUUCCUGUCUGCUGGAGAGCCCUCUGUUAGAGUCUCGCAGGUGUCUCGCCACCUGCACUCGGGGCCUGCGCUCGCCAUGGCGUCCUCCGCUUCCAGCACCGCAGCCGCAUCAUCCAAGCAUGGAAAGGCGAAGGAAGCAGACGCAGGCGAGCCGCUUGUACUCGCAUCUGCCAAUGGCAACCUCCGGACAAUUGUGCUCAACAGACCAAAAGCGCUGAACGCGCUCAAUAUCGAGAUGAUCCGCCUGAUCCGCUGGCACCUCGAAUCGUUCGCCAAGGAAGCGUCCUCCGCAUCCGUCAUUGCGCUGCGGGGUGAGGGGAGGGCCCUGUGUUCGGGUGGAGACGUUCUUGCCGUCGUAGGCGCCGCUAACUCGAAGGAUGAAACGCAGAGGCAGAAUGCGUUGACCUUCUUCCAGGAGGAGUUUGAGCUCGAUCACAUGAUUGCCACGCUUGGCGAGAGGAGCAGCGCCGCCGCUCUAAAGGCCGGCAGCUCCGCUUCUCCGAAAGCAUUCAUCAGCUUUAUGGAUGGAAUCACAAUGGGAGGAGGAGUGGGCCUGUCGCUGCAUGCGCCCUUCCGUGUGGCGACCGAAAAUACACUCUUCGCGAUGCCAGAAACAGGUAUCGGCUACUUCCCCGAUGUCGGCGUCACGCGCUGUCUGGCGCGACUUGACGGCAAGAUCGGCCAGUACCUUGGGCUGACUGGCGCGCGCAUCUCAGGGCCAGAGGCUUAUCUGAUCGGCAUCGCUUCGCACUAUGUUUCGUCGAGUAACAUCCAGACGGUCCUCGACCGGCUCGCACAACUACCGCAGGGCCAGGGCGGUGACGCGAACCAACGCGUCGCGAAUCUGCUCGAUGAGUACGCCACAGAUCCAUUCAAUGCAGACGCGAGCGAAAAGCAGCGCGAGAUCCUCCGCACGACGCCGUUCCUCGGCGAGAAGCGUAUCGCACUCGAUUACGUAUUUGGGCAGCCAAGCGCCGAGGCGAUCUUCUCCGCGCUGACCGAGCUGAGCGCCGGCGGAAACGAGAGCCAGGCUGCGCGCGAGCUGAGCUCUCUGGCGAGGGGCCUGAGAAACGGCGUCAGUGCGGACAUUGCCAACUGGGCAGGCAAGACGCUGGAGACGCUCAAGACCAAGUCGCCGCGAUCGCUCAAGGUGACGCAUCUGGCUAUCCAGGAAGCGCGGCGGUUGGACGUCGACGAGGCGUUCCGCUUCGACAUGCGGCUCGCGACAGCAUUCUGUGACCUGAGCAUCGGGCGCGACUUCUACGAGGGCGUGACCUUCACGCUCACCAAGGACCCCACGACGGGCAAGCGCCGUGAGGGCAUCGCUGCAUGGGACCCUCCGUCGCUGGCGCAGGUGGACGAUCAGCGGAUGCGCGCGCAGUUCUUUGGCGGCGCGGACGUGGCGCAGCGCGCCGGGCUACGCAUGACCAUGCCGGUGCUGAGCGGCCUACCGAAACCGGACACUUCGCGCGAGGCGAAACGUGCACGCGAGCAUGCUCUGCGUGGCAAGGGCCCGCUCGGGUGGGAGCCGGCGUACAAUCCGUUCGCGCUGCCGAGUGAGGCAGAGUGCGCCGCGCUGCUUGAAGGGAGCCAUCCCGCGGCGAGCAGCGUCAAGCUCGAUGUCGACGAGAUGGUCGAUGUCCUGCGCAGGUACAAGGGUGAGAAGCCAACGCUGCAGCUUAAAGUGAGCGACUGGGCGCAGCGCACCUCGCAAAGGGGCGCGGGGCGACAAUGAUCAAGGUGCUACAUGAUGAUCUAUCCCACUUGUAUUAUCUUACAUCCCCCCAGCAAAGGUCCACAUCAGUAGCUCCCAGAACUGCUUGCCCAAUUUGCAUGUUCAGACAUAGCCCAUUCACGAGCUCGUCUCGGUCGAUUUAGCCGCUGCUGCUGCAUCGCAACUGUUCUCCCCGACGGCACGCUGUACUAUAUCCGAGCCCU